AUGGCAAAGCUUGAGCCGGUUGGCCAUCAACUCGUUACUGUCACUUUAGUAUUCAGUAUUCUGGCUCUCGCUACUCUGGCAGUACGAAUAGGGUUCAGGGUUCGCAACAAGAAGUAUGACGUUUCUGACACUUGCCUUCUUGCCGCUAUGAUGUGCGGCAUCAUCCAGAGCGCUAUUCAGAUUAUCCUCGUCGCAGUGUUUGACUAUGGAAAGGCAAAAGCAGACAUUCCGGCCAACUUGAGGAGCUCUGUGUGGCCCGCAAAACUGGCAUACAUCAACCAGAUUGUCUUCAAACUCACGACGCCUCUCUGCAAGCUGUCGCUCUGCUUGUUGUAUCGAAGUAUGUGCUCCACAUCGACGGACCGUAUCAUCAGGAUGACCAGACACGCCAUACGCUGCACCAUAUACCUCAUCUUAGGGGUCUACUCUUCCGCAUUCUUGAUCAGCAUUUUCCAGUGUACACCCAUCAGCAAAACCUGGGACAAGAAAGUGAACGGCACAUGCAUCGACCUAGUAGCGUUUCGCAUGAGCACUGCAGUGUUCAACCUGAUCACAAGCGUCCUAGUCAUCGCCAUUCCCAUCCCCACGCUCGUCAGACUCAAGAAGCACCGCCCAGAGGUAAAGCAGCUCAUCGGCCUUAUCCUGCUGGGAUCUGUCCACACAGGUCUUACCAUCGCCCGCUUCGUCAUCAUGUUCUAUCCCGACCCACUUACAAAAACCGAACCGCAAUACACCCACGUCUUCAACAACGUACUCGCGGUCAUCGAGAUGCACACUGGCAUCCUUGUCGCAACGCUGGUGGUUAUGCGCCCUGCGCUCCAAGCAAUGUACAAGCUCGCCAACCCCUCGUACCGCCCUCACUGCGACACAACCUACUACGGGAAACAGAGCAGCCGGGGCGACGGCAGCUCGCACCCGAUGCAUUCGAUCAGGAGCAAGGGGAGGAGGCACGAUCAGUUCAGCAUACUGGAGACGACUGAGAUUCGCAUUCUGGCAGACGUGGCUGCGCCCGGUGUGGAUGGGCGAGCACGGGAAAAUAGAACAGGCUUUCGAACACAGAUUCACGGCAAGGGUUACGGACAUGUUUGA